AUGCUUUUAAAGGUCAAAGUGCUCGUUUUCCUCCUGGGUGUGACCAGCAUCUGUAUGUUUUGGAGAGCAUACAUGCCCAUGUCACACAGUGUCUGGGCUUCUAAUCAACGUGUAUCUGAAGAAGAUCAGUGGUUAAUGAAGCAUCUCAGCAAAUCUGUUGAACCAUUCUUGGCGCCAAACUUCAAUCUCGAAGAAGACGCUUUCAACUGGUGGAAGUAUUUACAAAGUGAAAAGCGCAGCUUUAGCACCUUUAAAAGAACAGCAGAUGAGCUGUUCCAGAUGUUCCCUCACACUGCGGAUGUUAAAGGAUCCGGCCCUAAACGCCGAACGACUUGUGCUGUGGUGGGGAAUUCUGGUAAUUUGAAGAAAUCCCAGUUUGGACCUCUCAUAGAUUUCCAUGAUGUCAUUAUAAGAAUGAACAAUGGUCGUACCAAAGGCUAUGAAGCAGAUGUUGGGAGCAGAACAACUCAUCAUGUCAUGUAUCCAGAGAGUGCUAUGGAUCUAGAUAACACCACUCAUCUUGUGCUGCUUCCAUUUAAGAUACUGGAUCUUGAGUGGGUCAUGAAGGCCCUCGGCACAGGAUUCUCUGGAAAGUGA